CAUUAAAAAUUAAAUUAAAUUAAAAAGCAGGUCACCUUUAACCUACGGCGGCGCAUGAUCUGCAUCAUCAGAAGUUGUUUGCGGUCAGCAGUCUGCAAUUGCAGCCUGCGAUCAGAGCUGUUGCGAUAUCUGCUUUUUAAUUAUUAUUAUUGUCAUUCUAAGUUUGUUUCGUGUACGGUAACAGUUCGAUUGCGGGAGGGUGGUUACUUGAAAAGUAGAUAUUCGGUCAAAAAAGGUUGAGCACCCCUGUGCUAGAGAAUUGUAGGCCUCGCUCUGUGCUAGACACGUGCACUAGAUGGCACCUGUGCGCGACCACAAAGUGCACUUGUCACGCGUGCGAGUGAGAGACAUAAAAGUCAGUCCCAAUGGAAGAAGUUUAGUCCUGGGGAGAAGAGAAGAGGUGCACAUGCUUUCGCAGUUUGUGAGCCAUUCGGGGACUUAAGCAUGGAUCACAUUGUGGGCCAGUUGCCAAAUUCCAAUCCAAUGCAAAACACCAGCAUGGACACCUUCAACGUGACGUCGGCAAACAGCAGCACUGUCCUUUUUAAGCCCUUUUUGUCACCCGUGGUGGAUAAGACGAUUAACGUGCUCAUGGUGAUAGUCUUAUUCAUCACCAUGAUCUCACUGGGAUGCACCAUGGAGGUGUCCAAGAUCAAGGGUCACAUAGUGAAACCUAAAGGGGUGGCGAUUGCAGUCUUGGCCCAGUAUUGUGUCAUGCCGCUGACAGCAUUUUGCUUAGCCAAGGGCUUCCAGCUGGCUGACAUGGCAGCUGUGGUGGUCCUGAUCUGUGGGUGCUGCCCAGGGGGGACACUCUCCAACAUCUUGGCCUUGGCUAUAAACGGCGACAUGAACCUAAGCAUUGUGAUGACAUCCUGUUCCACCUUGCUGGCUCUGGGCAUGAUGCCGCUGCUGCUCUACCUUUACUGCCAGGGCUUCGGCGACCUGCAGAACGCCGUUCCUUAUGUUGACAUUACCGUGUCCCUCGCAAUGAUCCUCGUGCCCUGCGGGAUCGGUAUCCUCAUCAACCACUACAGGCCACGAUACUCGAAGAUCAUCACCAAGGUAGGUCUGACCAUCAUGUCCAUUUCCUCCGUGGCGAUCGCCGUCGUGGCCACCGUAGCAAUCCGCACUGCCAUCCUGGCCGUGAUGUCUCCUCCCCUUUUGGCCACCGGCGCCAUCAUGCCCUUCAUUGGCUUCACCUUCGGCUAUAUCAUCUCGUCCAUCUUCAGACUCAGCCAAGCAGAGCGAAGGACUGUCGCUAUGGAAACAGGCUGCCAGAACAUUCAGUUGUGCUCAACCAUCCUGAAGCUGGCCUUUCCACCGGACGUGAUCGGCCCACUCUUCCUCUUCCCAAUGGUGUACAUAUCCUUCCAGAUGUUAGAGGCCAUGGUGCUUAUCGUCGUCUACAGGUGCCACCAGAGGCUCACGAGAAAAGAGAAAGAUGUGUACCAGCCUGCGAUGACCGAUGCUGGACUGAAAGCACUCUCUGGAGGGACAGUAUGAUGGAUGGGCCAGCUU